AAAAGAAAGGAAACCCUAGUUUUGGUCUGACAGUUGAUUUUUUUGUUGUUGUAAUUUCGUAGCAAAGGGGUUAACCAACAACUCGACGAUUACUUACUUUGAGUUGCAACAUGACAAUCUCCGUGACGCACCACAGGGGGAAGAAGCACAUGUUGAAGAAGAGGGACAUCUGGAGGGGCAAACUGGACAGAACCGGCUUGCCUGACAAAACCCAAAGAAAAACAUUGGUCUUCCCGCCAUUCGCCGCGCUAGCUAGCAAGAUCAAAAGCUAUAAUGUGGUCACGUGUUAACCUUGCGUCGACGACGUGUAGCGUUCCUUUGCGGUCAGGUCGUUCGGGUCCUCAAAGAAGUUUCGAGAGAAGUCCUCCAAACGUUUUCGGAUAGCAUCUGAGGGGAAAAAAGGCUGCUUUGGUCUCCAUGGCAACAGGAGCGACACUAUCGUUCUGCGUUUGCUUUUGUGUCAGGAUCAACAUUGACGGCUUGACUACAUUGAGAUCCCCUGACCUCGGAAGCUAAGCAGGGUCAGGCCUGGAUAGUCAUCGGAUGGGAGACCGUUGUGGAACACCAGGUGCUAAGUCGAUCGACGAGCAAUGUCCGGCUGGUGCCUUCCGAACCCCGCUGCGGUCACUUCGGAGAACUUCAGCUCGACUCCUCUCAAGCUGAACGAGACGAAAUUUGUCCAAAUUCCGAACUUCAAAGUGGGAGACGGCGUCCUUCCUGAAGACGACGACACGUACUCCUUGCUGUCCCCGAUUUACCACGAUAGUUACGAGAGUGGUGAUGAUGAAGACGACGAUAUCAGCGCCACUCAGGAACCUCCCAGAGUUGAGGAGGAGGAGGAAGCUCCCUCAGAGCAGAUAGAACCCGAAAGCCUCACUCCCUGGGAAAUGUGGCUGUUAAACAAGGCUAAAGAAGACAAGAUUAAAAUCAAAAAGAAACUAGAGGAGGCGCAUUUCCUGAAAGAAAAAGAAGCAAGAGAAGAAGUGGAACGCAAACAGAAAAAGAUGUUGGAAGAAAAAAAAAUCCGAGACUGGCAGAAGCUCAAAAAAGAACAGGAAAAACAGGAUCAGCUUGUGAAAACCACCAAAGAAGAAACCGAGGCGCGACUUCGGGAGGAAAAGCAAAGAGAGACUGAAAAGAAAGCGCAACAGAAGUACAAAGACUGGUUGCACAAGAAGAACCAAGAGAGGCUGGAAAAAGAGAAGAAGCAAAAAGAGCAAGCGAGUCUGAAGGAGGAACAAGAGAAGGAACGUCGACGGAAAGCGGAGCAGACUUUUAAGGAAUGGCUUGCCAAAAACAACGAGAAAUUGAAAGCGAGUCCCAAAACGCCUUGUUCGAGUCCUUUCGUAUUCCACCCGCCGCCCAGCUUUUACAACCCCAUUCCGUGGAAGCCCAUUCACACGCCGCCUCCGGAUUCGUCUCUCGACGACCAACCGGUGCAGAAGUCUCAUAAACGAAGAGGACAAUCCAGCUACAGUGCCGCAUACAGAAUCUCACGCGGCACGUAUAGGUGACACUCGUAGCGCUUUGACAAAUAUGCACUUGUCGGACUGGCCGGUAGGCGUCCUGAGAAGACCUGUUUUUGACCAUGAUUGGCGGCACUAGACGUCCAAUCUGUUUGAAGUGGGAGGGUUCCUACCCUACCACCUCAAAUGGUUUGGACCUCCACUUGAGGUAAACUCAUUUCAAGAGUUUGAAUUUAGUUUUUCAGAUUGAUGAACGACAGCGCUUCAACAAAUAUGAACUUAACGACAUCCUGAUGGAUUUUUUGUCAAGAUCUGUAGGUACACUUUUGACCACGAUGGUGGAUGUCCAGUCACGUGAGACGGCUGGCAGUGAUCAAAUUUCAAAAGUCCUGCCGACGUGACAUUGUAAGCAGUAUCCCGGAUUAGCCGUAGCAUCCUGACGUAUUGGUAAUAGACAACGAUAAGAUGUCCAAUCGUGUGAGCGUCCGAUCGAAAUGUGUAAGUAGCAGACGUCCAAUCCAUUUGAACUGGCGGUGAAUGAAUGGUAUGUAAUGAUCCGGUGAUAUAUCGCAAGACUUAUAAGGUGAUUGAUAUGCCACCAUGAAUUGAUAUAUCGUUUUAAAAAGUCACAGUUAAAAAAAACAACAACAAAAACGAACCAACAGGUUGCUAGCAAACUCGUUCAAGAGAAUAUGUUAGCUUACGUUAGCUCACUAGCUGCCGUUGACGGCACUCGACAAUUGAUUUUGACCGGAUUGGAUGUAGAUGGCCAUCAAUGGCACUGAAACCAGAGUCUUUUGUGGGCAUUUACAUGUGACUUCCUGUUCAUUUUGGGGCAUUUCUGGGUCUCUUUCUAGUUAUUUAAGUGCAUUUGUGCUAACUGUUUUAUGUUUUGUGUCGCUUCCUGUUGAUUUUUUUGCAUUCACAGGUUGUUUUCUGUUCAUUUUGAGUCACUUUCUAUUCAUCUGGGGGGGCAUUCGUGAGUCACUUCAUUUUAAGUCACCUGAAAUCAACAGGAAGUGACUGAAAAUCGUCAGAAAAUGACCUGAAAUGAGCCAAAAUUGAACUCACUUCCUGUUGAUUUUAAGUCACUUCCUAUUCAUUUGGCGACAUUCUACUUGUUCAGAAGUGAAGUGACCCAUAAAUGCUCUACGGAAAGGGACCUAGAAUCAAUUGGAAGUGACCCGGUGAUACCCCAAAAUCAACAUUAAGUGAUGUGAAAAAUACCCCCUCGCUCCCACACCCUAGAAUUACUUCAAAAUCAACAGGAAGUGAGCCAAAAUCAACAGGAAGUGACCCAGAAAUGCCCCCAAAAUGAACUCAUUGGCAGCCUUUGAUGGCCGCAGAGGUCCAAACCGUUUGAAAUGGGACGGGUGGCAGCGAAUGAACAAAUGUACAGGCACUUAAAUUGAGGGCGCUUCCUGUUGUUUUUGGGGCAUUUACGGUUCACUUCCUGUUGAUUUUUGGGCACUUCAGGUCACUUCCUGUUGAUUUUGGCAGAUUUAUAGGUCACAUCCUGUUGAUUUUUGGUCACUUCUUUUUGAUUUUUGUUUUAACAACAGGAAGUGACUCAAAAUGAACAGGAAGUAACCUGUAUAUACAAUAAAAAACAGGAAGUGACACAAAAUAAACAGGAAGUGACCUCUAAAUGCCCUAAAAUGAACAGGGAGUGCCCAGUAUUUACGCUUUGAUUUUUGGGCAUUUCUGGGUCACUUCUGGUUGAUUUUCUUUAACUGAACAGAAAGUCACCAAAGAAUGUCCCUAAAUGACUAGGAAGUGCCCAAAAAUCAAAAGGAAGUGACCUGUAAAUGCCCCAAAAUCAAUAGGAAGUAACCCAGAAGUGUCCUAAAAUCAUCGGGAAGUGCCCUUAAUGUAAGAUUAGGUGACUUGUAAAUGCCCCAAAAUUAACAGGAACUGACCCAAAAGCAACAGGAAGUGACUUGGAAGUGCCCCAAAAUUAACAGGAACUGACCCAAAAUCAACAGGAAGUGUUCUGUAAAUGCCCCAAAAUCACAGGAAAUGACCCAGAAGUACCCUUAAUUCAACAGGAACUGACCUGGAAGUGCCCAAAAAUUAACAGGAACUGACCCAAAAUCAACAGGAAGUGACCAAGAAGUGCCCCUUAAUUCAACAGGAAGGCACCUGGAGGUGCCCAAAAAUCAACAGGAAGUGACCCAAAAGUGCCCUAAAAUCAACAUGAAGUGCCCUGUAAAUGCCCCAAAAUCAACAAGAAGUGACUUGGAAGUGCCCCAAAAUUAACUGGAACUGACCCAAAAUCAACAGGAAGUGUUCUGUAAAUGCCCCAAAAUCACAGGAAAUGACCCAGAAGUACCUUAAUUCAACAGGAACUGACCUGGAAGUGCCCAAAAAUUAUCAGGAACUGACCCAAAAUCAACGGGAAGUGACCAAGAAGUGCCCCUUAAUUCAACAGGAAGGCACCUGGAGGUGCCCAAAAAUCAACAGGAAGUGACCCAAAAGUGCCCUAAAAUCAACAUGAAGUGCCCUGUAAAUGCCCCAAAAUCAACAAGAAGUGACUUGGAAGUGCCCCAAAAUUAACUGGAACUGACCCAAAAUCAACAGGAAGUGAUCUGUAAAUGCCCCAAAAUCAACAGGAAGUGACCCAGAAGUGCCCCUUAAUUCAACAGGAAGUGACCUGGAGGUACCCAAAAAUCAACAGGAAGUGACCCAAAAGUGCCCUAAAAUCAACAUGAAGUGCCCUGUAAAUGCCCCAAAAUCAACAGGAAGUGACCCAAAAGUGCCCCAAAAUUAACUGGAACUGACCCAAAAUCAACAGGAAGUGAUCUGUAAAUCCCCCAAAAUCAACAGGAAGUGACCCAGGAGUGCCCUUAAUUCAACACGAAGUGACUUGGAAGUGCCCAAAAAUUAACAGGAACUGACCCAAGAUCAACAGGAAGUGAUAUGUAAAUGCCCCAAAAUCAACAGGAAGUGACCCAAAAUCAACAGGAAGUGACCCAGAAGUGCCCCUUAAUUCAACAGGAAGCUAAAAUCAAGCGUAAAGGACAGGUUGCUUCCUGUUUCUUUUACAUUUACAGUGUACCUCCUGUAGAUUUUGAGUCACUUCCUAUUCAUCUGGGGACAUUCUUCCUUUUCAAUAAGCCAAAAUCAAUAGGAAAUGACCUGAAAUUGGUUUCAAAUGGAUUGGACCAGUGAUAAACUCAUAGAAAGAUGAUCGCUUGCCGUCAUUGAGCAUUCACGCCCUGAUGACUCGGCAAAAAUUGUUGGCCAUUUUAGAGUUUACAGUUUAUGGAUAACAUUUGUUCACGCAGUGCCUUUUUUUAAUGAGAUGUUUGAAAUAAAUGCUUUUAUUUUGUAUUUGUCCAUUUGAAGUUGCUUGGUUUGACUAGCAGAGACACAAAACUACUUUUGGCGUAAUAUUGAGUGAAAAAAUUCAGAUUUACAGCUUAUAGUUACUUGAGGUGAGUAGGCUUGAACACAAAUUAGCAUUGAGUGGCCUAACAAAACACUGGCAGUCUGAAUGGGGCAUGAGAGCUAGUGUCAUAUUUUGAAUGUAACAUGAACGUACAAUUCUGAAAAGUACAAAGGUGUAUUUUGUGAUACACUUGCCUGACAUCUUUCAAGUCAUUAUUUUUCUUUGGAAAAUAAAUGAACAAAUUAUACAUAGAUUCUACAGUGGUAGCAGUCAUUUUGGCAAACCGGAUAUUGUC